AUUUCUCGAGGACCGACCUUUGAUUUGUCCUCUUCAAACGUGACAGUUCUGGAAGGUCAAACUGCUAUUUUACCUUGCUCCGUUCAUUACCUUUCUAAUCAUCAAGUGGCUUGGAUAGAUAACAGAACCUCAAUACCGUUGACUCUUGAAGAUAGAAGAAUCGUCGACGACAAUCGAUUCAGUGUUAUUAGACAAGACCCAAAGGAUUGGAACUUGCAGAUAACAGCGGUGAAAGAAAGUGAUGCAGGAAUCUACUUUUGCACGGUCAAUGUCAGUCCAAUAAGAAAAAAAAUAGUUUAUCUCUUCGUCAAAGUUCCACCCAGAAUUGAACAUUCCUUGACAAGCAACCUAACAGUAGUUCGUGAAGAUGAUAACGUGACCUUGCAAUGUUCUGCUGUCGGCACCCCUCCACCCGUAAUAACCUGGUAUAGAAUAAUGAGAGCCAAUGAAAAGCCAAAUGUCAUGUGGACGUAUCAAGGUUCAUCGGUAACGUUGUUAAAUAUUAAAAGAAACUGUAGAGGAUCCAUUGUUUGCAGAGCGACAAAUGAUUUAGAUGAUAUCGAUGAAAAAGAAGUGGAACUGGUAAUUGAAUAUUCUCCCGUAGUCAAAAUGCCAACAUAUCGAUUGGGACAACUGCUUGGAAGCAGGGAAACAGUUUUGGACUGCUACAUCGAGGCGUUUCCUUUGGCGAUGUCCUACUGGUUAAAAAACCAUACAAAGUUAGAAUCAUCGGAGCGAUUCUCCAUUCAUGUUUUCAACGACGCCGAACAUAUCGUUACACUCAGCUUAAUCAUAAGAGAUCUCGUGGAAUCUGAUUAUGGUGAAUAUAAAUGCGUGGCAUCUAACAACAGGGGAACUGACUUUGGAAUCGUCAAUUUGUUUAGUUAG